AAGAAGCAUUUUGAUUGAUCAAGUUUGCAGCUUUUGCUCAGCUCUGAGCUGAAGAAUAAGAAUGGCGACCACGAAUCUCCGAUGCCCGCAACUAGCGGCGCCGAUUCCGCUGGGCCGGGCCAGGAGGAGGCCCAGAAGCAGCGGUUUCAGAGUCCCAGUCCCAACCGGGGCGCGCCAGGUGUCGAAAAUCCAGGCCUUUCAGCGCAGCGACAUCGACGGCUUCGCCAAGCGGAUAGCCUCCGGCGAGGCCUGGCAGGACGCGUGGCGGUCGGCCAACGACGGAUUCGAAGGGUUCUUGUUUGAGGCCAAGAAAACCGCCGAGCGGCUGGACCGGCAGUACUCGAUUUCGCGCCGGGUCGACUCGCUCGCUCAGUCCGCCGUGAUUCGCGCGCGCGAAAUUGAUAGGGAGCUGGAUAUUGGGACCCGCUGGCGCGCUUUUUCCAUGGAUUUCUCUAGAAACUUUCCUAGGUAUAGGAAGCAGCUUAGUGAUUUCUUGGACACCCCUGUUGGGAGAAGUUUUGCGACGGUAUUCUUCUUGUGGCUUGCAUUGUCUGGUUGGCUUUUCCGGGUUCUGAUAUUCGCUACAUGGUUUCUGCCAGUUGCUGCUCCUCUUGUCAUUGGAGCUGUUGCCAAUAAUCUUGUUAUUAAGGGUGCUUGUCCUGCUUGCAAGAGGCAAUUUGUUGGUUACAAGAACCAAAUAAUUCGAUGUCAAGGCUGCGGAAACACGGUGUGGCAGCCAAAGAAAGGAGGAGGGCCGGACUUCUUUAACAGAGAUAGGGGAGGCUCUUCUUCGGCAAAGAAAGAGCCAGAGAUUAUUGAUGUUGAGUUUGAGGAGAAAUGAACAGAUAUUCUAAGUCAUGGAGGAUCACCUUACGGUAGUUUCUUACAUUACAUACAGAGAUCAAUGAUAACUAAUGCAAGGUUUUUGCUUUUCACAUCUUCACUAUCAAGUCUUGGUCUUAGUUUUCAACUUGGUGUAUAUUAUGCCUUCUGAAUUUUUGAAGUGCUUGUAAGACUUGUUCAACUAUCAAUUUGUAUAUCUUUUCUCUAGUUAGAUGGUUGAGAAACGAAAUGUAUGGUCUUUCUUCAGAUAUAGAACAUUUAUUAUAUUAAUA